GAUAGCUCAUCCGUCACAGCAGAUCAGCCAUUGGAAACCAAAUUUGCAUACCAUUGUAUGGUUACACGGGAGAAAUAGUGAAUAGAUGUGAAGGAUUUGAACAUCAACCUGUUAUUCAUGUCUUUGGAGGACUUAGGACACCCUCCUUCACUAUUAUUUGGACCUAUGAUAGCUCUGAACCCUUACCAACGCUGAUUCUGCGACAGGUUUCUUGGCAUUUUGUCCGACGGAAUUUUACGAGAGCGCCAUUGGGAGAUGUAAAAUUGUGGCCUUGGAACUGAAUAAAUGUACUCUCUCUUGAUGACUUAAGACUACAUAUAAUUAUGAGUGGUCGUCCAAGGACAACUUCCAUAACCGAUGCUGGAAAAAGUGGUGCUCAUGCCUCAUUUGGAGGGGUGAAAACAGGGUUCAGCAAAGAUGGAAAUAAGAUAACCACUGUGGUGGCUACGGCGGGUACAGGACCAGACCGCCCUCAAGAAGUGUCCUAUACUGAUGCUAAAGUAAUAGGUAAUGGCUCGUUUGGAGUCGUGUACCAGGCCAAACUAGUCGAAUCAUCAGAACAUGUCGCCAUUAAAAAAGUCCUUCAGGACCGGCGCUUUAAGAAUCGAGAAUUGCAGAUAAUGAGAAAGCUUGAACACCAGAAUAUUGUCCUGUUAAAAUUUUUCUUUUAUUCUUCGGGUGAUAAGAAAGAUGAAGUAUAUUUGAAUCUAGUGCUGGAGUAUGUCCCCGAGACGGUGUAUAGAGUAGCCAGACAUUACAGUAAAAGCAAGCAAACCAUACCCAUUAUAUAUAUCAAACUAUACAUGUACCAGUUAUUUAGAAGCCUUGCCUACAUCCAUAGCCAAGGAGUCUGUCAUCGUGAUAUCAAGCCACAAAACCUACUACUUGACCCAGAGUCUGGUAUUCUUAAACUGUGUGAUUUUGGGAGUGCUAAGGUUUUAGUUCGAGGAGAGCCCAAUGUUUCUUACAUAUGUUCACGGUAUUACCGCGCACCAGAGUUGAUAUUUGGUGCUACAGACUAUACAUGUCAGAUCGAUGUAUGGUCAGCUGGCUGUGUAUUGGCCGAACUGUUGCUAGGACAACCAAUUUUCCCUGGUGACAGUGGUGUGGAUCAGCUGGUAGAAAUCAUUAAAGUUCUUGGCACACCAACUCGGGAACAGAUUCGUGAGAUGAACCCUAAUUACACGGAGUUUAAGUUCCCCCAAAUCAGAGCGCAUCCCUGGUCAAAGGUACUUACUGUGUUUCGGCCGCGCACUCCUGCCGAAGCUAUACAGCUGGUCAGUCGCCUCCUGGAGUAUACUCCUGGCUCCAGGAUCAGCCCUCUUGAAGCAUGUGCACACACAUUCUUUGAUGAGUUACGGAAACCUUCGACUCGACUACCCAGUGGCAAAGAACUGCCACCUUUAUUCAACUUUACUCAGCAAGAAAUUCAAAUUCAGCCUGCAUUGAAUAAUGUUCUCAUACCUCCACACUAUCGCGGAACUAAUGCCACAACCGGGGGAGGGACACCCGAGACUGGUGUGGCAAAUCCUGGAGGAGAUGCCACUGAUACUCAGGGGGCCGCAGCUGCCGGCAACGCGUAACUAACGCUCUCCACUUAGGCAAUGGGGAGUUAUUUUAUUUAAGUGUUCGUCUCACAGGGAGUCAGGUUUGUGGUACGAUACAUUCAAACUUUUACCACAGAUGGACAUUAUCACUAGAACCUACAGUAAUGAACCAGAAACCAGGAAAAGAAAGUUCACAUCGGAACCGCCGCUGUGAUGUACAGCAGACUAAGGAAGGUCAUGACAUGAUGACAGUUAACUUUAGCAGAAAAACAAACUUAUUAGAUAAAGGCAAUGGUAACAUUUAAGCAUGACAGAUAUACCGAGAAAUGCAGAUUAGAAAACUGAGGACAACAUGGCAAGGCAGAUAAAUCACUUCAUACAUGAUGCAGUUUGCUAGACAGUAGCACCGUGAAAGCAUUUAACAUUAGUACGUAAUGGAAUCCACGUAACUUGUUAAAAUGAUAGAUUAUAGUGUAGAACCAGUGAGAAGGUGCAUUGCUGUAUGUAGUAGUAGUUUGUGAAUGGAGAGAAAAGACUCCUGUGACCAUUUCAUUUCAAACUACAUAAAACAAGUACAAAGGUUAUAACAUUGUUACAGCGUUGGAUAGUAUGGAGUAUUCAAAUCAAUUGGUGUAGUUCACGCUUGGAAGAAUAUGAACAUGUUAACAGUGUGAUACACGGUAUCAGUCGUGCGAGAUACAUAUUACUGGGUGAGUCUGUCUCUCGGGGCUGAGGACACCAAUGUAAAAGCUGCAGAGUCUGCUGUAAAAUUAAGUGUCUGCUGUUGCUGCAGUUUAAAGAAAAAUACAUUUGAAGGGCACAUUUGAUUGUCCCUAAUGAUGAAGAGAAUCUUUGUUAUUUUUCGGUGGGCCCAGUAUAUACUUGGCAUCCGAUAGUCGCCAAUGACGAAGAGAUUUUUUGUUAUUUUUUCGGUAUGCUUUGUAUAUACUUGGCAUCUGAUGGUGUGAUGGUUGCCAAUGACAGAUUUUUUUUCGGUAUGCCUUGAUGGAAUUUAUGGAAUAGGUUUUUUUGCUGGAGGUCAUUUACUAUAUAUUUAAAAAAGGAACCAUCUGUGAUGAAGGUUUAUUCUCCGUGUGAGAUCCUAGUUCAGAUGGAGGUUUAUUCUCUGUGUGAAAUGUUCAGAUGAUAUAAUUUAACUGUGCAUGUUAGUGUGGUAGAUGUGUAUCUGAGUGAGCAAGUUACAAAUUCUUAACAAGAUGGGUGUUAUAAUACCGAUGAUGUAUGUGCUCGAAUGAUCGGAGAACAUAUUUCGAAGGGAGUGAUUUUAAAUUAUGAAUGUUUUUUUUAUGUCUGUCUGUCUGUCUUGGCAGAUUUCGAUCAUCUAUGGGAUGACCAUUGAUUGGUUUUAGUCAGUAAUGCUUUAAUUAACAUCUGUGUAUGAAUGUCUGAUAGAAAAUAUUUAUAGUAGCCUGAACAGAUCCCUCAUCACUGGCUGGAGAUAAACUAAACAAGGGACCUUCUGCUCCUUGAAGUGCAGAAUUAGUACAUAUUUAUAGAGUUACAGCCAAUUCAUAGUAGAGUUUCUAAUUUAAAACUGUUUCCUUUUCAUGCUCAAUUAUGUAAUUUAAAAAUGACCCAAUUACACAUUUUAUGUGCAAGAUGUUAAAUUGUACUCACACAUCUGUUCUAAGACUAUGUUAUUUUAAUAGAUACAUUUUAUUCAAACUUGCAAUUUGUAAGAGUAAAACUUUUAUGGAAUUUUAUUAAAUGUGACUUGUCAUGUAUACUUUUAUCCAAAACAAACUGAGAAAAGUAUGUUCUGAAUUUAAUUUAACAAAGCCAAUUGAACACAUGUCUAUAUAUGUAGAGAGGUGUGAAUUUCAAGAACUCUGCAUAUAGUUGAUCUUGGUAAGACAUCUCCAAAAUUAUUCAAAGAAGUUUAAUCAAAUUACAUAAGUUCAGCUGAAUGCUUGUCUCGUGUUGCAAACAAGCUGAUAUGGGCCAUGAUUCUGUGGAAAUUUUAAUUUUCAUUAGCUGUGUAAGGUGUUACUACAUGAAUAAUCUGUAAGCUGGUGGUUUAUAAUACCUAUUCAAUGUAUGAAUUCAUCUUGUGCCAACUAAAGGGUUUGAUGACAUUCUGAUUUUCUUUACUUGGACGAAAGAUAUUUUUUUAUAUUCUUAAAUGUCUUAUGUGUUCAGACAGUGUUGGAUAUAUAUACAAAACUAUCAUCUUUCCAUUCUUUGCACCAAUCGAAAUGUUCUUGGGACAUGUUUUACAUUUUAGAAAAAAAAGAUGAAUUUUGAAGACGAAAAAUGAUUGAUACAUGCAUGCUAAUUGUCAGAUUUUAUGAAUGAGAGGCUGACUGCUGAUAAAUAUUUAUCGAUCAGUACCAUGUGUUUUCAAUAUUGGUUCGUGUAGUAGAGUGCAAGAUAGUGUUUUAGUAAUGGACAUAGAACAGGAAAUUUCGAAAAUUCCAUGCAGAUUUUCAAAACUCUACCAAAUUAAAAUUAUUUGAUUUUAUUUAAACAUAACACUGAUAAUGAAAAUACUUUUAUUUUGGUAAGUUUUAAAUAGAGGCAUUGUUAUUUUCAUUUUUUAUAGAAUUUUCAAUUUCUAUUUUAUGAUAAUUGUAAUGUGUGUGUAUCUUUCAAGAGAAGACCAUUCCAGAAGCUGGCUAAACGUGACCGUCAUUCUGUACAUUGUAACUCUUGACUGUAUCGAUCGGCUUUGUUACUAGGAUUUGUGUCUGUAUGGGCCAGAGAUAUCGGGUAAACAACACCACCUCUUGUGCAGGGUAAUGGGGAGGGAGAAAUUUUAAUCUGAAGUAAAUAAUUUGCAUGGAAAACAUCAAUCGAAACCAGUUAUUUCAUUUACCAAUCAUUCUAUGUGACAAGCGUGGUAAUUUUGUAUGUGUGACUUGUGUCCAUUGGGUGAAGGGGCGUGAUGGUACCAUGAUCCUCGUCAAACCGCAUCACUAUGUGAUGAUUAGUCGUACUAACAAGAAGAUCAUGUGACUCGGUGAUUGUAUGUGUCCUUAGAAAUGUAGAGUGAUAGAUGUGAUGUCACUUUUCAAUACAUGUAGUUUGUUUUAUAAACAAUUUUGAAGAUCUGUGAAUGUGUUUACUUUUUGCAACAAACAAAAUGUGGCAUUGCAUUAUAUCGCUGAAUGAAUUUUCGUCGUUGAAUGCGAGAUCAUAUCACUGCAGAAACUCGACCAAAGAUAAUUGUCGAUGUGUGUAAAAAUUAAUAUGAAAAUGGAUUAUUUUGCGUGCAUGUAAUGCAUCGAUGCUGGUCAGAUUAUCAACACUUUGUCACUCUAUUUGUUUGCCAUACAAUGUGCCCCUGAAGUUAUGACCUCUGCUUUAUAAGGUUAAUCUAGUACAGAGAAUGAUUGAAUGUAUGAAGCUGUUGUUCCAACAGAGAAACAGUUAUGAAUCUAGCUAAUGCAUGUUAAGAUUCACCAAGCUUAUAUUAGUGCCCGAAAAAUCAAAUAACUUUUUAGAAUUUUUUUUUUUUUUUCAAAAUAUUCAUCAGAAGAUAAAAUGUAAAGACAUGCAUCUUUAUGGACAUUAUCUGAAGGCCAUCUGUUUAAUUCCAGGGCAUGCUAAUCUUAUUUUCAUUUUUGAAUGAACAUCUCUAGCUGAGUCAAAUGGCUGGUACAAGAACAAAGGAAUCUGCACCAAAUGUCUAUGAUGAAUUAUAUUUUUCUGCUAGUGACGUAGUUAUGUUCAAAGUAUAAUUUUGUGAAUUUUUAAUAAGUGCUCACAAAUAUAUCAUACAUUUUGACCAAUAUACAUGACUGACAGACGAAACUCUUGCCCCAGCAUUGUCUGAAUUAUGCAGUAGCACACAGUUUCUUUGUGGUCAUGUUAAUGGAACAAUGCUCUAUGUAGUAUGCUCAUGUCAACACCAACAUUUGAAUGUCUUGUGUAUUUUCCCUCUGUUAUCGGAGUCAUUAGUAAUUAUGGAAUCAACUACCAGUGUAUAUGAAUGAGAAUUUGUCAAACACAUGAAUGUGAUGUAGUUUUCACUGGUCUUAGAAACUGAAUGUCUGUGAACAGUACUAUUUUUUACUUGAUGAGCCAAUCAUUCAAUUGUAAAGAAUGGCUUUUUUCGUGCAUUACGAAAAUUGUGAUUUUUUUUAACAUGGUUAUAUUAUUAAGAUAUACUGAGUGAAUUAAUCACUUUUUAUGAUUUUUCAUUACAUGGAAAGGUUAACUGGCUAGACAUCAAACCAAACUAAUUCAGCAUGGGUGUAAACCACCAUGUUAUAUCCAACCCUUGCACCCCUACACUCGGUAUUGAGCCGAUCCCAAUCCAAUGACAGGGACGGUCCCAUGUUUAAAGUGCAGGAGUGAAGGGGUUACCAUGGCCAUGAUGCAUAUAUGUCGUCAUAAUUCUACAGUUGUAAAUAAAAGAAGAAAAACAUUAA